AUGGUUAUGUUAAUACGCGCAUUCCUUUCUCAAGGCAUCUGGUUGCCGAUUGGCUAGUAAAGGUGACGUCAGAUGUCUCACACAGAUACACACACAUACACACAUUAUGAGGAAUUCAAUAUGGCGAGUAGCUAAAGUUGUGUUGCCAGUUGCUAUACUUUUGCAUGGAUUUAAGUGGUGAAAUAUGCCAAGGAGACGAAAUGGAGAGAUACCUCUACCCGACGGAUGGGAUUUUGCAAGGGAUUACGACGGGAAAAUAUAUUUCAUCGAUCACAAUAGCAAGAAAACAACGUGGAUUGACCCACGGGACAGGUUUACGAAACCACAGACGUUUGCAGACUGCAUCGGAAACGAACUUCCCCUGGGCUGGGAAGAGGCAUACGACCCUCAGAUAGGCUCUUACUACAUCAACCAUGUCAACCAGUGUACUCAGUUGGAGGACCCUCGUCUGGAAUGGCGGGCAAUCCAAGAAGCAAUGUUGCGGGAGUACUUGCAGACUGCUCAAGACGUUUUGGAGGCAAAGAAAGAAAUAUAUGAUGUUAAGCAGCAGAGACUGUACUUGGCCCAGGAUGAAUACAAUCAUCUCCACAAUGUACUAACCACACUCAACACUUCUAGAACAAGUUUGUGUUCGAGCUCAAGCAGUGUGAGCACCAAGUAUGAUCCAGAUCUGCUCAAGUCAGACGUGGCUCUGGCUCGGAAUCGGGUGUCUCGGCUUAAACGAGAGCUGGAGCAGAUUCGGGCCGAGAUGAGCUGCACGCAACGUGGUGUCGAUACGCUAACUUCAGUGGAACAGAAGUUGAGCACACACCAGGGUGGGUGCUACAACAUCACAGAAGCCCAGGCAAUCAUGACCGAGCUUCGUAACAUUCAGAAGUCCCUGUCGUCUGGAGAAAAGGAAAAGGCAGAACUAAUGCAGUCCCUAGCGAAACUCAAAGAUGACCUAACGAGGUUGCAGCUGUGUGAGAGCUCACCUGAUGUCUCCACACUUAGUCUUCCGCAGGAGAAGCUGAGCACAGCAUCACAGACUGAUCUUUCAGGAGAGCUGGUUCCAAUUGGCACACGACUAGCAGAAAUGGCUCGGAUGAGGCUUCAGUAUGACGAAGCAAGGAAACGAAUUCAGAUGAUCCAACAGCAGUUGGCAGACUUAGAAGAAAAAGUUACGCCUGGACAAGCUGAGUCGGAUAAAGACAGGCUCCUGCUGUUCCAAGAAAAGGAACAGUUAUUGCGAGAGCUUCGUAGUAUCACUCCAAGAACGCGCAGUCAACAGGAAAUGCAAGACAUUCAACAGGAGAUCAGAAGGUUGGAACAAGAUCUCAACAAUGCUCUUGAAAUGUCUAACCGAGCUAUCACUGAUAGACUACGGCUUCAUGAAGAGAAGCAGUUGUUACUUCAGCAGUUGCGUGAUGCUCUCCGCUCGAUGACACAGUUGGAGUCUCAACUGAAGACUUUAUCAGCAAGUACGCUGUCAGUGAGCUCAAGUUCAAGCUUGGGGUCUUUGUCUACUGCAAGCAGCAAAGGAUCACUUAGCUCAGGGCUAAGUUUCACCGACAUCUACGGCGGACCACAGUGUCUUGGGCUUAGCAAUAUCUCCGUCACCGCAGAGAAACCUGUCGAUAUGGUGGAUCUGCAUCGCCGCGUUGAACGCUUGCUACGAGCUGGCAGUAGUGAAUCUUCGAAUCUUCUUCCCUCUCCAUCCUCUGGUCGUUCCCUGCCAUCGCUUUCCCCUCGGUCAUCACUGUCUUCCGUUUCACCCCCAGUAUCUCCCUUGUAUGACCCAGCAUUGUUGGCAACAUCCUCAGGAAUAGCUGGACCACCACCUGCGUAUGAACAAGUUGAAAGACAGAGAAGACAACAGCAUUUAGUAGCUUCAGUAGUUUCAAAUACGACACACCAGCAGUGCUUAGACAGGAUACAGUUAGAGGACCGAUUGGCUGAAUUGAGGUUAAAUCAGCAACACAUUGCUGCUCAGUUACAGCAGCAUGACUAUAUAGUGUCAGGAGGUGUUAGUGCAGUGGGCAGCUUGAGAAGUCAGCGAGCACUGGCUGAUUACUUGGAGCUCACGAGAGGAGGCAACAUGUCACAAGGAUCAGGUCUUGGCAGGCCAACAGCAGGAGAUCCUCCUCUCUCUCCUAUUUCGGAAACCCCGCCUCCAGUUCUGGAUGAUACAGUAGAACUUCUUCAGGUAGCAGCAUUAUCCACACCAUCAUCAUCAGGAACAAAUACAAGAUCAGUGUCUGCAGCUGUAAGUGAUGAAUCAGUGGCCGGAGAUUCUGGAGUGUUUGAGGCGUCCAAUAAAAAGCGGUCAUCACUAGCAAGUGAUAAUGCGGCUGAACUUGAGGAAAUGAAUCUGGAAACAGCACAAGUUCAGAUCAAGCUAAGGUACUCUGUUAGUGACAGUCUGCUUCAUAUUGGGAUUGAAAGAGCACGUAACCUGGGAGCAUUAUUCAUCCCAGACAAUUGCAAAGUGUAUAUCAAGACAGCUUUGUUGCCCAGUCUUCCACCUAUCAACAUGGCAUGCUGUACCAAACCUGUCGAGGACCUCCGAAAGCCAACGUUUGGUGAAAACUUCCCUCUAGCUGUCCCCCUUAGCAAAUUGUACACCAAAACUCUACAAGUCAAUGUUUGGUGUAUUGAUACAAGCCAGCGGGAAGAUUGUGUGGGUUGUGCUCAAGUAAGUUUAGCAGACUUUAUACCUGAGAAUGUAUCUGUCAAGUGGUAUAAUAUUUUGAGCUUCCGGUUCAUGCAGCCAUCUUCUGACAUAACAAGUACAAACUCAGUUGCACCACCACUCACACAGUUGUCAAAUGGCAACACUGACGCAGCAAAAGAACCCUAUCCCGCAGUGAACAGUCGAGAUGAGGGAGAAAGUCAGGACAAGCAGGAGAGUGAGAUAUCUGUCUUUAUCAAGCAAGUGGCAUCUGUUAAGGAAGAAAGUUCAGAUGACUCGACCAUCAUCUCAUCUCAGACAUCGACUCUUACGUGCAACCAAGUUUUAGGUCUACAGUCAACUGUCACAGUGCGAUUGGAGGAAUUGGACAGCCAGGAAGAGGAAGAUGAGGAGGAAGUAGAAGAAGAAGAUGAGGAUGAGGAGGAUGAGGAUGAAGAAGGAAUCAUUGUCGAAUUUUGCCAAGAGGAUAUUCUGGAAGAAGUCUUGGAGCAUGCUGAGGACACUGCUGUGAUGAUUGACUCCCUGGUAGAUUUCCCAGUGGAUACUCUGGAUAAGGAGACAAACACAGAGUGUGUGUUCAUUCCAGAGAAAGGUGCAAGGAAGCGUGGCAGUGGCAUUGUCAUUAAACGCUCUCAGACAUUCAGUCCCAGUGCUGCUGUUAGCAAGAAUCAGUACAUCUGCAGGUUAAACCGGAGUGACAGUGACAGCUCCAUGCCCUUGUAUCGACGUGGUGGGCCAUUUCAGCGGAACUCUGUCGAACGGAGGUCCCUGAGAUGGCGACGUCCUCCUGGUACAGUUCUGAUAACAAAACAUCAUCGUAGUGCAAGCAGUGGAGCAGCAUGCAGUCAUCAUCACACAAGUUGUACAGCUCGAACAUCAUUGGAUCUGGAGUUGGAUUUGCGAGCACAGCACACACGCCUUCAGACACUCCAGGAUGAACUAGCUAGGCUUCGAGAGUUGAAAUCUCGAUUGGAAACUGCACGAGCCCAGGGUGAUCAAGAGCUAGCAGCCUGGGUACUUGAAGACCAGCAAUUCCAGAAUCUUGUUGCCCAGGCUGAAAAUGGAAGGAAUGGGAAGAGUCCUGAUGACCGGAAGGUAGAGAAAAUGCUAAAGAAAACAUCAAAAGAAAUUUAUAAAUUGCGCAAGAGCAAAGCUGGGAAAGGAAAGCCAGAUAUUAUAUCAUUUAAAGAGAAAAUGGCUUUCUUCACUCGAGUGAACAUAAUGGUGCCAGUUUUACCAUCAACUCCGGCGAUAGAGGAUGGAGCGAGUUCAGAGUGCAGUACAUUGAAACGCGGUGAGAGUCUGCAUUGUGAUGACGAGGAGGAUGUGGAAGAGAAUAAAGAUGAUGAGGGGCUUACCCCUUGUCAAGCAUCGUACCUCUCGGUUGCUACAGACACUGGAGAGUGCUGCAGUGUCGUCAGGGUAAAUAGAGAUGUGGCAGACAAACAAGAAAACACGGGAUCGGACAGUAGAGAGGUAGAGGGACGGGAUUGCAUUGACAGGAACAGUGAAGCAACGCAGAGGUACCACUACGUCAUAGAUAGGGUACUAGGAGUUGAAGUGUGAGGUAGAAGGAAGUACUCUACUGCAUUGGUAGGAUACUACGCAGUUGUGUGUAGCAGCAAAGGAAGUGUUUUAUAUAUAUGUGUGUGUGUGUGUAUGUAUGUAUGUAUGUAGAGACACGUGUGUGUGCGCGUGCAGGAAUGUGCAUGAUGCGUGUCGGGAAUGAUAUUGUUAAUUUUGAUGGCAAAGGACUUUAGUCUUUGCCAGAAAUCCAUCCUCUGGUUAAUGGGGUGGUUUAUUUGUAUCUGUUGCUCAGAAUUUGUUGCAGCAUGAGCAAAUUUUAGGUGGAGGAAGAACUCAUAUAUCAAUGUGGCAGAGAUGUUCUUGUCAUUUUAGUUUAGUGUUUAUGUGCCAUGAAUGGUGCAGGUUUUAAUAGUGUGUUAAUAUUAUUCUGGAAGGGCUGCAUUGAACUGGGUAUCAAAGAAGUGUUUGGCACUGGCUUUCUGAAUUGUUUUGAGAAAAUGAUGUACGAAAAAUGGAAGGGAAGGUGCUAGUUUGGAGAGAAAUUAAACCCCACCGAAUGUUUCACUUAAAAGCAGCUGACCUGCACUGAUUUUUCAUGUACGAGAAUCGGCAGAGCACGUUCUUUGUUUGUGGAAUUUUGGGAAUUAUUUUACGUGUGAUAAACCAUUAAAGCUAAUCCUUAAAUGUUGUCUUCAAAUAUUUCUUCCAUCCAGCGCUCGGAUUCAAGGUACUCAGUAUCGUGAAGUAAUCCAGAUGACAUGGAUCUUUUUAAAUCCUUGAGAGAAAUUUAAGAAAUAAAACUGAAUUGGUUACUAAAACUGGUGCAGGAAUUUUAGUGCCUCAUCUUAUAUAAAUAGAAAUCAUUUAAGGGUAGCCCUAAAAUUUGAGGAUUAUGUCACUCUUUUGAAGGUUCCCACCUUUUUAUGAAACAAAGAUGUAGGUGACAUUCAGUUUGUAAUACUAUAUAAAAAUACAUGUGUAGUGUGAAUACAGAUUUUAUUACAUGUGAUGUAAUUUCGAAGUAACGUGUGGUAGAUAUAUAGGAUGAAACAAAUUCCAUUAAUGCAUUGUUCUUUCCCCAUAUUAGAGGCCAUGUUCUUGUGUGCAUGUAUUUUUAUGCAGUAUCACAUUGUAAAUUACUGCAAGUUGCUUGAGCAUUUCUGUCCUCCAAUGGGAAAAGUGUAUAGAGUGUUAUUGAAAGGUUUCUUAUAGGUAAGUAAUUAUAGAUAAAGGUAUUUUCAUGAAAAUGUGGGAAAUGUUUUUGAGUGUUGGAAUGUAAUCUACUGUAAACUCUUCUGUUACCAUAGGAUUGAUUCUAGUGCCUUGUUGUUCUUUCCGCAUUAAUUGGGAAAAUGAUAUUAUAUUACAUGAUAAUUCAUGAGGAAAAAGAAGCGGCCUUACCACAUAAGAUAAUCCUAUCUUAUAUUGUUGAUAUUUUUAAAAAUGGAAUUGUUCUAUUUAGCUAAAGUGAUACAGCAGUAUGCAGUUAAAAUAUUUGUAUAGAAUACCAUAACAAACUUUGUGCGGGUUUGGACUGCAUUUACCUGAGUCAAAGAUGACAUACUAAAAUUGAAAAUGAGAAAAAGAAAAUUACAGAAAAAUUGCCUAUUUAAAAAGUUAUAAUCAUCAUAAUAAAACUUGAAAACCGAUAAUAUUAACAGGACUUAAAAUGUUAAGAGAGGUCAUAAUCUUCCUUGACUACCAUUAUAAACAUUUAUACUUCAAACAAUAUCAUAUGAACCAAGUCUGAAUAUUCUGACCACGUCUUCGGACAGACUACUCUUUGCCACCCCACCUUUUAUGAAACUCACUAUAGCGUUCACAGUAACCCACCACUGGACCCUAUCCUGAGCCAGAUGAAUUCAAUCCACAUCCUCACACCGUUUCUUGAAGGUCCAUUUCAAUAUUAUCCACCUGCAUACUCCUAAGUCUCCCAAGUAAUCUCUUUCUUUCAAGUUUUCUGACCAAAAUUUUGUAUGCAUUUCUUAUCUUUCCCGUAUGUGAUAUAUGCCCCAUAUAUCUCACCAUAAUACUGUUUGGCAGAAUGUACAAAUUGUUGUUAUUCUUAUUAAAAAGAAUUGACAGUACACUAAGUUGAA